AUGUGGUCAUAUAUCACCCAUUUAUCGGUUGGUGAUAAUGUUUAUCAUAUAUUUGCUAUGCUCGUGCCGUGGAUGUUACUUUGUGGUUACAUUAAACGGGGUGUAUCAUGGAGUUAUACGGGUUCUGUAGCUGCAUUUACUCCUGUUGUAAUUAAUCUUGGUCGAUUACCGUAUGCUGAUAAAAAACCAGCUGGUGAUUAUGCUCUACUAAGAAUUGAAGAAAAUUUAGUUGGUAUUAGUAUUGGAGCUAUUCUAACUAUUAUAAUAUUUCCCGUAUUUGCCAUUGAUAGAUUAAAAGAAAAUAUUAAAUUAGCAUUAAUAACAUGUAAAAAUUCAAUAAAAACAGUUCACAUUAUUUAUGAUCAAUUGUUAUUAUUACGUACAAAUAAUACAACAACAACGAUCCAAAUUGAUAUUGAUAAACAGUUAAAAUUAGGUGCUUUUUUAGCAUCACAACAUUCAAUAUUUCAAUCAUUGAUUGAUGUUCAACGAAUUUUAGUUGGAGAAGCAUCGGUUGAACCAACAUUUUGGUUAAAAUCAUUUUCUAAAAGUCAGUAUAAAACAUUAAUUCAACAACAAAUAGAUGUAUUUCGUAUGUUACACAAUAUUGAUACAUCAUUAGUAUGCAUUAGUGGAACGUGUUCAAGUAUAGAAUAUUUACAGCAAGUUGGUUUAAUACCAAAAUUACACUCAGAAAUAUCACAAAUCACUCAACAAUUAAGCGACUGUCUUGAUUUAUGGAUUGAAUAUUUUUCGUUAUCACAAACAAUAUGUAAUUGUAAACAUAAAAGACGUAAAACUGACAAUAUCGAAGAAUGUCAAUCAAGAAAAUAUAAUAAAAUUCAUCCAGAUGACUAUGUACGUGAACAUAAAGAACGAUUAAUAUUAUUGCAUGCUGGUGUUCAACAAUUACACGAACAACAUCAGUUAUCUUUAAAUCAAUUAGUUACAGCAUUAUAUGAAACAAAAAUGGAAAAUGACCAAGUUGUAUUACUACAUACCAUUAUCAAUGAUGAAAUUGACACAGUUAUUAUUGCUUUGCAAUCACUUUUUUAUUCAAUGACACAUUUAAUAAAUGUUGUUAUACUUUUAGGUACUAGUAUUCAUACAAUACUUGAAUUAGAAACAACAAACACAUAUAAAACGUAUUAA